UGCCCGGAACCUUCGUUGCUCCUCGACUUGUUUCCUAGCCGGACGCUGCAGCAAGCUAUUGCCAAGAUGGCGGCGCCCAAGCGCGAGUGCUGUAAGGCCCACGGGGGCUUGGAGCUGCCAGUUCUCCCCGGUGGGGCGGCGCCAUUCGGGAACUUCCCGGACUAUUCCCGCUUCCACCCGCCGGAGGGGCGCGUUCGCCUCCUGCCCGCCGCACUGCUGAGCGAGCUGUUCCCAAAUCCGCGUGCGGGGCCCCUUUUGGGGCUGGACGUGGGGUGCAAUUCGGGGGAGCUCAGCAUUGCCCUUUACAGACACCUUAUUGGGUUGCAGGAGAGCAAAGUCAGCCUAGAACAUUCUAUGGCUGGGAAGGAUCUAAACCUCCUGUGCUGUGACAUUGAUGCUGGGCUGAUUGAAAGAGCCAAGCAACGCAGCCCCUUCCCUGGCUCCAUUUCCUAUGCCGCCCUUGACAUCAUGGACUCCAGUGUAAGAGAAGCGCUGUUGGGCUGCUAUUUGAGCAAGUUUGGCCGUUCGACGUUUGACAUUUGCUUCUGUAUGUCUGUGACCAUGUGGAUCCAUCUGAAUCAUGGGGACAGUGGUCUAGUCAAGUUGUUGUCCUACCUUGCCUCUAAAUGUAUAUACUUGCUCAUUGAACCACAGCCAUGGAAGUGUUACCGAGCAGCUGCCCGGCGCCUGCGGAAACUGGGCAGGCAUGACUUUGACCAUUUCCGAUCCCUCACCAUCAGUGGGAACAUGGCAGAGAAAAUAACCCAGAUCUUGACCGAAGACGGCGCCAUGGAACUCGUGUGUUGUUUUGGAAGCACCAGUUGGGAUAGGAGCAUGUUGCUCUUUAAAUCAAAAGCAGCUCAGCAUUUGCUAUGAUUAACAACUUGGACAUUCUUGUAUUUUGUCAGAGAGAAUGUGAUGUAUUGUGGGACUGACUGUACUCUUUUCUGAACUUGCUGCAAUAACCAGCAGAGAAUGCAUAACUCAGCAUUCUGAAGAUCACAGCCCUCUAGUUUUUUAUUCUUUAAAAAUACUUUUCAAAUCAUUGAGGUUGCAAUGGGAGUGGGGCUUGGAAUACCUGUUGGCAGUACUGAUACAGUCUCAGAAGCCAGAAAAAGGUUGCUGAGCAAUCAGUUUCCACUGAUUGGGAGUGGGACUUCAGGUUCUGCGUCAUGUUCCCCCUUCUGCUCCUCGCUUUGAUGAGCAAAAUCAGAAUGAAAUAUAUGCCAGAUGUAGCUAGUUUGCAAAUCAGUUUCCUGGAUUCAGCUUUUCUUCCUUUACCACAAAAUGUUGACUAAAAUUUCUAAAAUACAACCUCAGAUCAUUUGUGGCA